AUGCAUGAGAUCAUCUACGUUCAGUCUGGCACAUACGCAAACUACAUAGGACAACACUUUUGGAAUGUCCAGGAGAGCUACUUCGAUUGGGAAGAAGAGCCUGAAGAGGUUAACGAACGGAAGCCGCCCGAAGUGAACCAUGAUAUCUCCUUCCGGGAGGGGCUGGGGACGAAUGGAGUGUCGACGUACCUUCCCAGAGUGUUGAUAUUCGACUCAAAAGAUGUCUUUGGAUCGAUACCUAAGUACAACACGAUGUACGAAAGUGUUGCUGGGGAGGAGGCCAAUGACUCGGCAAGCUGGACAGGCCAGAGCGUUUCAUAUCAGCAACCUCUUCAUCCCAAGUCACAGUAUCAAUGUGAUCUCGACGAGCAGACCACGAAAGCUUCCCAAACGAUCGAAUCGAGAAGAACCUAUAAUCCGUCUACUUGGGCUGACUACACUAGCGUCUACUACCAUCCAUGCUCGAUCUGGCCGGUGUCGUACAUCCUAACUGGCACUGGCAACAAAUGGGACGAAGGAGAAGACGCGUGGGGUCGUUUACAGCAUGAGAAUGACUUUUGGGAUAAGGAUUUUCGAUUGUUUGCGGAGGAGUGCGACUUGCUCCAAGGACUCCAAGCGACGUCCUCUGCGUCAGACGCCUUUGCCUCGCUCUCCGCGUCCCUAUUGCAAACAUUUCGGGAUGAGUAUCCAAAGCUACCAGCUCUUCUCUUCUUGCCCUUAUCUCAGCGCAAAGAAAAAUUCAACCCCUACGACUUGGCCGAACGCCGUCGUCUCUCAACCGAAAGCAAGAUGUUGGUCAUGUCAGCAGAAGCAGAAGCGACGAUCAUCCCGUUGCAGUGCCCAGCGACAUGGUCAAAGGGACAAUGGACAACUGAGCUGGCUUUGGACCUUAAUUUUGGAGAGGCUUAUCAGAGCUCGGCCCUCCUCUCUGCUCACAUUGAAUCCGCCACUCUUUCCCUUCGCCUCAAUUCCAAUCCUACGUCGCUCUCUUCUCUUACAUCCCUGCUGAACUACCAUACUGACACUCCAAUUUCCCACCUGUCUGGCGCCUUGCCUUUAUACGAUACGCUGUUCACGAACAAAAUAUAUGAUUUCUCGACUGUACUCGAUGCCUCAGUUCCGGAUACACCUACGUUUUCGGCCUGCACCACAUACCGCGGGCUGCUCUCUCCACAAACACGGGUCAACCUCACAGAGCGUCUCGAGCAGUCCAUAGGCAUCCGAGAGCCUCUUUUGCAGUUGUUCAUCGUGCUCUGCCCUACAAUAUCCUAUUUUGACUUCAUUCCCUCCUAUUCUGGCAACUCAUUCGAACAAUGUACCGCUGCUGUCUAUGUUGCACACAACCUCUCACACAUCAUCAUUUCUUGA